AUGCUAGGACUUUAAAAUUGUGCCUCCCGUCGUCGAAUAAGCACGUCAGUCGAGCUCCGUUCGGAAUCGGAGAGGUAAUGCUGGCGCUGCGACCGGCAGCGGUGUGAUUCCCCCUGUCCGUCCCUCUGUGCCCUGGCGCCCUGGCCUGCCCCAAGCCGCGAGAAGGCUGGGCACAAUAGGACUGCAAGAAAAUGGAGAGCCAACAUUUUUGUUUACGGUGGAACAACUACCAGAGUAGCAUCACCUCAGCAUUUGAAAACCUACGAGAUGAUGAAGAUUUUGUUGAUGUGACUAUUGCCUGUGAUGGGAAGAGCCUGAAAGCCCACCGGGUAGUACUAUCUGCCUGCAGCCCUUACUUUCGUGAAUUACUAAAGAGCACACCAUGUAAGCAUCCUGUUAUUGUGCUACAAGAUGUGGCUUUUGCUGACUUGGAUGCACUUGUGGAAUUUAUCUACCACGGGGAAGUUAAUGUUCAUCAACGCAACCUUACUUCAUUUCUGAAAACGGCUGAAGUUUUGAGAGUCAGUGGUUUAACACAGCAGGCUGAUGGUCGAGAAGAUAGUCCACUGUCUCAACUAGCAUCCUCCAAUGGACGUGCUUUAGGAGGAGACCAAUUAUUCAAUUUAUCUCCUGCUGGGCGUUCACCUCCCACAGCAACAUCUCCCGUACCAACUUCACCCCACAGUAGUACUCCAACAAACGGAAGUACUCCAACAACUACUCCUUCAAGUGUACCUAAUAGUGCUACUGUCAAUCAGUUGUUGAGACGUGCUGUGGCCGUAGCUGAAGCCUCAAAGAGGCUACAGCGCAAUAGCAUUCCAACACCCCCAUUGGGAACUGACCAGAAUGAUGUUGAUCAUCCUGUAGCAAAACGUCCAAGAUCAAUUAAUAACAACAGUGAAAAUGGACCCAUCACUAAUAGUCAUCUAGACCGAGAAUGGGACCGAGAACGAGAGCGUGAUAGGGAAAGAGAUCGGGAAUGGGAGCGAGAAGACCGCCUUUGUGAGACUGAUAUCAAUGCCAAUCCUGCAGACUUGACAAAUCACCAAUUAACUCCCACUGAUUUUUCAGCCAAAAAUUCCUACAGAAAAGUCGAAGUGAAGAGAGAGGAUCGAGAUCGAGAGAGGGACAGGGACAGAGACAGUGAGCAGUCCAGAUCACCAUCAUCGCGUAUGGAUAAGGUGAAGGCGGAGCCUACGGAUAUGUUGGCUGGAGCGACUGAAAACAGCUCGGAUUCCGUCGAGGCUUACCAUGAACGCCUCCAUAGGGGACCACCAUCAACUUCGUCAACAGGUGAACAUGAAGAUCUGGAUAGCAGUGCACAAAGCCAUCAUAAUCCUCCGUUUCUCUCACCUGUAGAAAGUAAACUUUUUGCUGCAGCUACAGCAGGCUCCUUCAAUUUUAGUAUGGCUGCUCUUGCUGCUGAUACCGCUUUGGCAGGUCUUCAAAACCUUCAAACAACUACAGAUGGGCUAGCGGGUACUUCAACUCCAGGUAUGAAUAAUUGGACGUAUGGUGUUCCACCUCCUAUGACUGGUGGAAUCAAUGAUCCUCAAGAGUGUCCAUUCUGCCGUCGUACUUUCUCGUGUUACUACAGUCUCAAGCGGCAUUUCCAAGACAAACAUGAGAGAUCUGACACUUUAUACAAGUGUGAGUUCUGUCAACGAAGUUACCGCACCAAGAAUAGCCUCACCACUCACAAGUCGUUGCAGCACCGAGGUAGUGCUGGAAUGUUAAAGCGUCUUAUGAAGAGUGUUGCUGUCCCUGGUGCUCUUGGGCAGCCUCAACCUCAGUAACCAUUUUAAUGAAACAACAUUUGCUCCAUGUAUUGACGAUGAAAAUAUUGGUGUUCUUUGUUGGGUGAAUGUUGUGUGGUGAUAUGACAAGUUGCUACCAGAAUGAAGAUAUGAAAAGGACUGAAGGAAUCUGAAGGAGGACGUAUGUCCCAGUGAGUUAAGUGAAGAUGUUUUGAUCGUGGUUCUUUUUAAAAGAAUUCUGUUAGUUGGAACAUUCAGUAAUAAUGUGAAUGUGUUGUUGAUGGGAACAAGAAAUCUGGGUUACUUAAAAAUAGCUGUGUUAACAUUGUUUCAGGACAACAUAUUCUGUCCAGUUCAGUGUGUAGAUAAACAAACCUUCCAUUUUUAAUUAAUGUGUUUAAUAUUUUUUGAAAGAAACAUGACACAGUCAGGCACUCUACUGACAGCGCCAGCAGCAGUCAUUAGACAUCAUGAAACAUUUGUUACAGAGAUAUAUUGCAAUACUAAAGCUUUUCAAGAUAAAAGGACAAAAUUAAGUUACUGCACAAUAUUAGUGGGAGGGCACCAUCUUGUUAAUGUUAACUGUGAGGUUUGUUCUCUGCCGCUCACAAAUAUUGGUGCUAAUCUUCUUGCGCAAUAAACAAUGGCUAUUUAGGAGGGAAUAAAUUUUUUUGGUCACAACAUAUCAGUUGUUGAAACUUGAUUUUCUUCAUACAAAAGAUCAGAACUUUGAGUUUAAAACUUUUCCAUAUCAGACAUAUCUCAAUUGCAGUGAUAUAAUCUCUCCUGAAUCUGAAAGCUUCAGUGUACAAUACAAUAAACCGGGUAUUUUUAUCAAUAGUUUUAACCAUAGUACGGGUCAAUAGUUUGUACUACAUUUUUUGCAGUUUUUUCUUAAUGUGAAAUGGUUUUUUACUUAUGCUGGUUUGUUGAUUGCUUGGAGAUUUUAUGGGUCUCCAAACCAUUGUUCUACCUCAUUGUCAUGGAACCAAGACAUAUGUGUUAGACACUUACAUUAUACUGAUACUGAUUUAAGGUCAGUCAGUAGUUGAAAGUUAUAGCAUUCUUUAUGUGUAAAGUUUAUCUUCCAUUGUCUAGUAAUCAUUCUAUUUCCAAUGUAUUGAUGUUACUUUUAAUAGUCCUUGGAACAUUAUUUUUGAUGUAGUUGGUGAGUUAAUCACCAUAUUGCUCUCAUUACUUCAGUAAUUCUAAUCUGCAUUAUUUUGUUCCCUAAUCGAAGGAGUAGACUGUCAAUUCAAAUUUUGAUGGUAUCCACCACAUAUAAAAAAGGUUCCCCGUUCCAUGUUUGUCAAAGGUGUGAUCUUGAAUAUUUCAAUAUAUAUUUUUACCUAAUUUCUUUGUGAAAAUGUGAAACUCUAACAUAGAGUAUUCUUCACUUAUUAUCGUACAGAUGGGGUUAUUUUGCUCUCAAUAUUGUUGAGACUCAAAUUUCUUGACAAUUGCGCCAUUUGUAGGAUUAUCAUAAUUAGUCAGAUGUUUUUCCUUUAUCAUUGAGGAAGUCUUUAUUCUGAGUACAAACUGUGAGAAUGUCUAUUUUUUAAUUGAUAGGCACUAUCGGGUAUGUUUGAAUGUUAAGUGUUUAAAGCAUCUUCAUCACAACUCUGUAAAGGGAUUAACUUUAUGUUUCUCCUUAAUAAGAGAAAGAAAAAGAGAUGAACUGUCAGACAGUGUCUCAUUAGUGUAGAUUUGUUAAUAUGUGCAUAUAGAGAUCUUUGAAAGCUUUGUGUAAGAAUUUGUCACACAUAUGGAGGCAAUCAUAAAGUUAUGUAUAAGUUAUCCUUUAAACAAGUUAUCUAUAGUUUGGUAUUACUACUACUAUUAUUGCUAUUAUUAUUAUCUACUUCUUUAAUUCACUAUUGUUUUAAGUUAUGUGUUUUUAUAGUUUGAUGGCACAGAUGUGCUUUUAAAAUGUAGCCCAGGGAUUUAAAUUUAUUUUCUGUUUCUGACAGUAUGCACUGUGAUUGUAGAGGUAUUAUCACCAGACCUCUCUGAGGUAGAGUUGUUUAUAUGAGAUGUUAUUGCAUCUGUUUCAAUGUUCUUUAAAAAUUUGUCUGAUUUAUCUGUGUGUUAGUUUUUUUUUAUUAUUAUUUCGACACCUAUCAAGUGUUAUAGGUGAGCAACAGAAUGUUUGGUCCAGUAAGAUCUUAGGUUCUUAUUUGAUGAUAUUCCUUGUUUUUGAUUGACUCCACAUGUGAUGACAGUAAUGUAGAUGAAUGAAGGUAUGAAAAUGCAGGGCUCUGUGAUUAUUGGAAGUAAUUUGUUUAAAAGAUGUGAUCUUUUCUUUACUUGUACGAAAUGGAAAUAUCUUUAUUAUAAAUAUAUAUACUCAUAUACCUCUAUUUUUUUGUUGUUUGGAAAGAAAAGUGGGAUUUCUAUCAAAAAUGCUGUGCAAACUGCCAAAUUUCAUGUCAAAAUUCCGCAUGUCUUUUUGGGGCAUGGGUAGUAGUUAAUUUACAUAUCCCUUUUUCACAAAUCUGUGCCAAUGUAUCGUGACUGUACCUAUUGUCAUUUAGUUGUUUUUCAUGUGUACAUAAUCAGUCACAUAACAUCAGUCAUAUUAUCAUUUAUGAUUGUACAUAGUACUUGCUGUAGGCAAAACCCUUGUGAAUAUGCUGUACAAAUGUACAUAGAUGAUUAACACAUUUGCUCGAUCAGAAAUGAAAUGCACAUCAAAUUAUAUUUAAAAUGUUAUAUAUCGUCUAUAUCAUUUCAUAUCAAUGUAUGACCAUUGACGUUUUGAUAAGAGAGGGCUCGACAGGACACUUCUCCUCCAUAGCAGUUGUCAGUGAAGCACUCGGACACAUAAUAUGCUUCUGCAUAGUUUUUCUAUUCUUCGUUUUCUGUAAUACCUGCACAGGUGGCCUUUGUGGAAUUUGGUACUUCUCAAUGAAAUUCAGCUCAGAUUGUUUGUAUUCAGCAGGCUCUUCACUGUUUGCAUCACAGUUAUUAAAUCUAUCUACAACUGUAGAUUAGGGUCUUCCCUCUUCUUCUCCAGACUCCUUCUAUGGUUCUGAAGAUUUAUUUUUCAAACUGAAGAUUCAAAAUAGUCACGCAAAAUUUAUGUGAUGAAGUUUGGUUCUAUCUUUUAUUUAUUCUCUUAAGCCUGAUGUGAUUACCUCCAUACUGUCUGUGAAUCUACACUCACCUUUUUUGUUGUCAUUAUCACGUUUAUUUCAUUGAACUCUUAUGUUAAGUAUUUAACUUUGUUGUAGUUUUUUUUUUAAAUAAUUUCGUUUGUUUGCUUCUUUUUCUCAGUUGUAAGCACUUACGGUCAAAGACAACCAGCCUAUUGAAACAAUCUUUUAAUAUCACAGCAUUGUAAUAUCCUCUUCAAUUUUGAAAAAACCCUAUGUGGGUUCUUGCUUCUUCAGGUGUGGCAUCUAAUGGUGUCCUUACAAUGCUCCAAAAUACAUUUUAUUGAGCAAAGACUGUUACAUUAAAGCAAAAAGAAAAAAACCCAAUAAAAUUUAAAUAUUUGUUAAUUUGACUGAAAAGAACUGAUCACUCAUAAAUUAAUUGACUUAAUUUAGACAUCUAAUUAUUUAAUAUUAUUAGUGAUUAUGUACCAAAGAUGCAUGAUUAUUUAUAUUUGUGUUGAGCCCCAUAAUGAUUGUGAAAUGGCUUUUUGGACUUGACCAUGUUCUCCCUUUUUUUCCCUUAUAUUCUGUUAAUGCAUUUGUUUUAGUCUUUUAAAGACGUGUUGGCUUUUUUUUGAAGAUUUGUUGCUAUUACGUUGCAAUAAUAUCGCCAAAAUUGCUGCUAUUUUGUUAGGCUGCUUCUUCUUCUUUCUUUUUUGUGUGUUUCUUGAGAUCAAGACUUUUGAUGAGUUAAGGCUGUUUUCUUUUAUUUUGUUUGGAAUGGCAGGUCUGGAGUGAACACUAUUGUACAACUUCUAUCUGACACAAACACUGUUAUCAGUGUCAUUAUACCACAUGGAACCGAUGAAUAUAUCCCUUGUUCAAUUGAUGAAAUAUCUCCUUUCAUGACCUAAAGCUUCUUCUGAAGUAGACUACCUAAUUGCCUGAAAUGUCUGUUCUCAGUUUUUAUUAGGUCAUAUUGCGAACAAGUCUCAUAAUGACAUCGAGGGAUUAUAUUAGUGUUUACAAUCCAGACCAGUUUGUCCUUGUAAUUUAGCUUUUAUUUCAUUUGAGCUGUAGAUAUCUAAUUAUUCAGCUGCUAUUUUAUAGGUGAGGCUUUCUUUUUUUUUUUCCAUUUUUUUAAAAUUUGAAUCACAACCUUCAAUUAAUCACCACUCAAGAUUUUAACAAAGCAUUCCUCACUCAGGGCAGCUCAGAUGGAGUUGAUUCCUAAGUGCUACCUAAUGCUUUCUAGAAGACCAUGGAGUAAGAGGUGAGAGAUUCAUUCUGCACCUGCCUACUUGUGGUUUCUAAUCUUUGAUCUGGUUUGUCUCGUAUCCUUUCUCAAAAACAUAUUGUGCUGUGUCCUCUUGCUUUUAAAGGAGUGAUUGCCUUUCUUCAUAUCAUCUUAUCUGCCUCUGAAACUCACACACUUUGGCACCUGUGUCCUGUAGGUAAAUGUUUUUCUGUGGGGGUGUAAAUAUGUGUGUUUGCUACUUUAGAUCGCUUUCAUUUAUCGGUUGACAAGUUGACAUGUCUCUUACGAUCCCGUUUUACAUUUGGGGAAGUACAUAUUUUGUACUUUUCGUUUAUUAAUUGUCUCAGGAUAUUAUGUUGAAUCUUAGUAAGCAUGGAUUGAGGGCUCAUGAGCAUUGUUGUCCUUAUGAUCAUAUUUAUGGACACAAAUGUGUAUGAAGUUGUUAAUACUACAAAAUUUGUUCACAAUAGCAUAAUGUUAUGAGUAUUUAUAGAUUCAGUUAUAACUGGAUGGUUUUAUCAGUUACAAUGGUUGUGAUCUUUCUUCAUCUUCUGAAUGAUGAACUCAGUUUCCAUGAUCAUGUACUUGUUAUACUGUAACAAACGGGUGACUUUGUUUGUUUUCUCUUUUUAUUUUCAUCCAGUGUAUGAUGAUGCUCAGGAAAAAUCUCAGGGGCUUGUGUAUUAUUACAACUGUUUUUAUCAUUAUUGUAAUAGUUUUGUGUGUGAAUUCAGAGACACGGGUUUUCGUGCAGUGUCAGUCAGCUGACAUUGUCCUUCCUGUUUGCUUUUACAAAAGCCAUGGAAGAUACAAAAUAUGUUAAUUGUUUUCACUCCUUCUGCAUGUUGAAUCAUAGCUGUUGUGUUAUGGAAUGGUGAUUACAUGUUAGAAAUAUUAUGUAAGUCAUAGUGCUGAGACAUGUUGGACAAAUGUUUAUCCUGAUGACACCUUUAUCAAUGUCAUCUUCAUCUGCAUGAACUGAACCCCCUGUUGCCUUAUUUAUUCUGUGUUUCCCUCACCUCUCCUCUAUUGUUGAGGGAUUCCCAAAGCGGACCUAUUUUUUUAAUGAGAAUUUUGCCAUACAUACCAACCACAAUACCUCAUAACAGACAUACCUCAAUGCCUCAUUAAAAUAGUACUGGUAAUUGUUAAACAGACUGUAUUAAGGUUGAUUACCACUUAUUUAAUUAAAUGAAUGCACUAAUAUUAGAUUACUAUGUAUACAUAUUCAACAUCUUUUAUUGUCAUUUCUUUUUGUUAUUGGACACCAAAUUUAAUUCUAUUUUAUAUAGUUUGUGUUUUUAUGUUUUGUCCAAUCGUCAUCAGCUUGCAAUUGUAGAUGUCAUUUUCUAUGGACAUAGUUUAGUUAUAGUUGUUUCCCUCAUUUGAGAGUUCUUAUUUAUGAAAGGCAAACUGUUAAAAGACUUUUUUGUUUUCCUAGUUCAAGCAAUUCAGGCAGAUUCACAAGCAUAUCAAACAUUAGCACUUGAUAAAUUUUAGUGAUAAGAGAAAAUGUUGUCCUGUCUGAGUGUGAAAUAAAAUAUUAAAGAUUCCAGA